AUGGAGCCCGGCCGCAGCGGCAUGGAGGCCGUGGGCCAGUUCGAGUUCUCCCGCAAGGACCUGAUUGGACACGGGGCCUUCGCUGUGGUCUUCAAGGGCCGCCACCGGGAGAAGCACGAUCUGGAGGUGGCGGUCAAGUGCAUUAACAAGAAGAACCUCGCCAAGUCGCAGACGCUGCUGGGGAAGGAGAUCAAGAUUCUCAAGGAAUUGAAACAUGAAAAUAUCGUGGCCUUGUACGACUUCCAGGAAAUGGCCAAUUCUGUGUACCUGGUCAUGGAGUACUGCAAUGGCGGGGACCUGGCUGACUACCUGCACACCAUGCGUACACUCAGUGAGGACACCAUCCGGCUCUUCCUGCAGCAGAUCGCGGGCGCCAUGCAGCUGCUGCACAGCAAGGGCAUCAUCCACCGCGACCUUAAGCCCCAGAACAUCCUGUUGUCCAACCCCGGCGGGCGCCGCGCCAACCCCAACAACAUCCGCGUCAAGAUCGCUGACUUCGGGUUUGCACGCUACCUGCAGAGUAACAUGAUGGCAGCAACACUCUGUGGCUCCCCCAUGUACAUGGCCCCCGAGGUCAUCAUGUCCCAGCAUUACGACGGGAAGGCAGACCUGUGGAGCAUAGGCACCAUCAUUUACCAGUGCCUGACGGGGAAGGCGCCCUUCCAGGCCAGCAGCCCCCAAGACCUCCGCCUGUUCUAUGAGAAGAACAAGACGCUGGUCCCCACCAUCCCCCGGGAGACCUCAGCCCCUCUGAGGCAGCUGCUCCUGGCGCUGCUGCAGCGGAACCACAAGGAUCGGAUGGACUUUGAUGAAUUUUUCCAUCACCCGUUCCUUGAUGCCAGCUCCUCCAUCAAGAAGUCCCCUCCGGUGCCUGUGCCCUCGUGCCCCAGCUCUGGCUCCGGCAGCAGCUCCAGCAGCGGUAGCACCUCGCACCUGGCCUCCCCACCGUCCCUCGGGGACAUGCACCAGCUGCAGAAGACGCUGACCUCUCCGGCUGCCGCCGCUGCCGCCUUCCUGCAAGGCUCCAGGGACUCGGGUGGCAGCAGCAAGGACUCCUCCUGUGACACCGAUGACUUUGUCAUGGUCCCAGCCCAGUUCCCAGGUGACCUGGGGGCUGAGGUGGCCGGUGCCAAGCCCCCUCCAGACAGCCUCCUGUGCAGUGGGAGCUCGCUGGCAGCUUCUGCUGGUCUGGAGAGCCAUGGCCGGACCCCAUCCCCAUCCCCUCCUUACAGCAGCUCCCCCAGCCCCUCCAGCCGGGCCGGCCCCUCUACCAGCAGGUACGGUGUGUCCGUCCCCAUCCCGGUCCCCACGCAGGUGCACAACUACCAGCGAAUCGAGCAGAACCUGCAGUCACCUGCCCCGUAUGCAGCACCCCGGUCCACUGCUGUCCGCAGGUCGGGCAGCACCAGCCCCUUGGGCUUCGCCCGCGCCAGCCCCUCACCCCCAUCUCAUGCUGAGCACGGAGCCGCCUUGGCCAGGAAGUUCUCCCUGGGCGGGGCCCGGCCCUACACACCCUCGCCCCAAGUUGGAACCAUCCCCGAGAGGUCGGGUGUGAGCGGGACACCCUCCCCACAAGGAGCCGAGAUGCGGGGUGGCAAGUUCCCGCGGCCAGGCUCCUCCGUGCCUGAGCACUCGCCCCGUGCCACUGGGCUGGGUUGCCGCCUGCACAGCGCUCCUAACCUCUCGGACCUGCACGUCGUGCGUCCCAAGCUGCCCAAGCCCCCCACGGAUCCACUGGGGACUGCAUUUGGCAUCCCCCAGGCCAGUCCCCCACUGCCGGCCUGCCGGCCCCUACGCAGCUCACCCAAGCUACCUGACUUCCUGCAGCGGACCCCCCUGCCCCCUAUCCUGGGCUCCCCCACCAAGGCCGGCCCCUCGAUUGACUUCCCCAAGACGCCCAGCUCGCAGAACUUGCUGGCCCUCCUGGCCCGGCAGGGCGUGGUGGUGGCGCCCCCCCGGAACCGCACGCUACCUGACCUCACAGAGGGGGGUCCCUUCCAGGCACAGCCACUGGGUCCCGGGCUGCGGCCCCCCGAGGAGGCUAAGGGCCCCUUUGGCAGGUCCCUGAGCACCGGCCGCCUCACUGACCUCCUUCUGAAGGCAGCCUUUGGCACCCAGGCCCCGGACUCGGGCAGCACUGACAGCCUGCAGGAGAAGCCCAUGGAGAUCGCACCUUCUGCCGGCUUUGGAGGGAGCCUACACCCUGGAGCUCGUGCUGGGGGCACCAGCAGCCCUUCCCCUGUGGCAUUCACCGUGGGCUCUCCACCUAGCGGGACCACACCACCGCAGGGCCCCCGUACCCGGCUGUUCUCAGUAGGCUCCUCCGGCUCCCUCAGCUCGGCCGGCUCCUCCUCUGGUCGCCAUCUGCCGCCCGGGGCCUGCGGUGAGGGUGCAGCCCCCGAGCCCCCGGUACCAGGACACUGCUGCAGCUUCACUGACCCCAUAGCUGCCAACCUGGAGGGGGUUGUGACCUUUGAGGCCCCUGACCUGCCUGAGGAGACCCUCAUGGAGCAAGAGCACACGGAGACCCUGCAUAGCCUACGCUUCACGCUGGCGUUCGUGCAGCACGUGCUGGAGAUCGCCACCCUCAAGGGCAGCGGUGGCGAGGCGGCUGGGGGCCCCGAGUAUCAGCUGCAGGAGAGCCUGGUGGCCGACCAGAUCAGCCUGCUGAGCCGCGAGUGGAGCUUCGCCGAGCAGCUGGUCCUGUACCUGAAGGUGGCGGAGUUGCUGUCGGCCGGGCUGCAGACUGCCAUCGAGCAGAUCCGGGCUGGCAAGCUCUGCCUGUCGUCCACCGUGAAGCAGGUGGUGCGGAAGCUGAACGAGCUGUACAAGUCCAGCGUGGGGGCCUGCCAGAGCCUGAGCCUACGGCUGCAGCGCUUCUUCCUGGACAAGCAGCGGCUCAUGGACCGUGUGCAUAGCAUCACGGCCGAGAGGCUCAUUUUCAGCCACGCUGUGCAGACAGUGCAGUCAGCCGCUCUGGAUGAGAUGUUUCACCACCGGGAGGACUGUGUGCAACGCUACCACAAGGCCUUGCUUCUCAUGGAGGGGCUGCAGCAGAUCCUCACGGACCAGACGGAUGUGGAGAACAUCGCCAAGUGCAAGCUGUGCAUCGAACGGAGACUCUCGGCCCUGCUGAGCGGCCUCUGUGCCUGA